CGUGAGCAUUUUUAUUGAUCGUGAAUAUUAUUUUUUCGAAACCGAAUGAAGACAAAUUUUUGAAUCUGGGUGUCGCCACCUGGUAGUGGAUGGAUGUGGCUACAAGAUAAUCUUUAUUCAUUUUUGCUGUUUAACGAUAUCGCCAAUUAUUUACGUGGGAGGCGCUCGUGGACAUGCGUCGAGAGGAUCAGCUGUUCAAUGAUACAAAAUGGUGAUGGUGUAAACGAAGUUCGUAGUGUUUAGAGCUAGUAGCAAGGUCGUUCUUUGUGUUAAAGUUUGAGAAUUUUUGCGCAAUACUACAGUAAUUUUCACUGUAGUGCUAUAAUCUUUGAUAAAUCUAGUGUUAAAUUGAGAAUCAUUACGCCUAACCAAUGAGUAGCCAAGCUUCUUCCAAUCCCUCUGAUGAUCAACCUGAACAAAAGAGGUUUUAUGUGAAUUUCAAUCAGGACAAUACAUCUCUGUGUAUCGGAGACAAGAACGAUUGGAAGAUUUUGGACAUCAACGAUGGGGAAGACGUACGUCCUAGUUACAAGGGGGCGACGGAAGAGGUUUACAUUAUCGAGAAACUGUUCGCCAGCAGCCUGGUAGCUGUGGUGACGGUGGACGCCCCUCGCAUGCUGAAGGUGCGCCAUUACAAGAGGGGCACGGAAAUUUGCAACUACACCUAUGCCAGUUCGAUCCUCAACGUUAAAAUGAACAGGCAGAGGCUGUGCGUGGUGCUGCGAGACAGCUGUCACAUCCACGACAUCCACACGAUGACUGUGUUGCACACGAUCGGGGAAACGCCCCCAAACAACAACGGUCUCUGUGAUCUUAGCUGGGGCGACCCCAAGAGCCAUCUAUUGGCUUAUCCCAGCUCGAUAACGGCUGGUUACGUUCAGAUCUUCGACACCAGUCAUCUGGUGGCAAGAAUAACGAUCAAGGCUCACGAGAGCCCCCUGGUGGCUAUGACGUUCAACCCCGAAGGAACCCUAUUGGCGACAGCUUCCGUUAAAGGGACCCUUAUUCGCAUCCAUAAUGUGAUGGACGGCACUAGGGUGGUAGCCUUCAGGAGGGGACUUUCCCGGUGCGUCAACAUCCACAGCUUGAGGUUCAGCACAUGUGGCAGAUACGUCGGUGCCAGCAGCAACACCGAGACCGUACACAUCUAUAAACUGCCGGAAAAGAUAGUCAAGGCAGCUACCGCCGGAACGUGGACGUCGUAUUUCUCCUACUACCUCCCUACCAGGUUAGCUGACAGUUUGGAUACGGAAAGAGACUUCGCCACUACGCAUCUCCCAGUUUCAGACAUGAAAAAAGUUAUCGGGAUCAAGGAGGUCGGCGGUUAUCUACGUUUGUUGGUAGCCACAGAAGACGGCUUCCUGUUCAUUUAUAACAUAGAUAAGGAGACCGGCAUGGUGAGCCUGUCCAAAAAGAUCAACCUCAUCAACGAUUCCCAACACCAAACGCCCAGUACAUCUGAUGGAUCGUCUAAUUUAUCGACCUGUACAGGUCCCACUGAAGGCCCUACACUACUAGGUAGCUAUGCAGGCAUCGUCAAGGGCAACCCGCCAGGUCAAAUGUCAGAAUCCGACAAGAUGAGGGUAGUCCUGGAGGCUACCGCAGUUCCCCCAAAAGACAUCCAUCUGAACUACGAACAGGAAUAUCCUCCCCUCGCGCAGGACUGAGGCCCGAUCCUGCAGGUGCGCCACCGCGAUCGCCAUAUUGACUUUGAAGCGAUGUGCGCGACAGUUAUCUUGAUACACGCGGCGGUGAGGCUGGUCGAGGAUUUUGUGUUCUAUGUCUUUGAUUUCGACGGUCUGUCGUGAAUAAAUUUCUUGUACCAGUCUCCUUUUAGGUUUUUAUAUGGUCGGAUGACAGAUGGCGCGAGUAACGCACGUCAAAAUGGUUGACGUUUGACGUAUUAUGAUUUCGCAUUGACUUCUUGUUGUCUCCAUUUUUUUUUGUAGGGAUUCGGAUGAAGGAAUUCAUAUUAUUUCUUCGACGUCCCAGAAAAUAUUGUUCCCUAGAUUAUGUGUCAUAGAGGUCACAUACAUACAAAAUGUUUGAAGUAUGGGUACUCUCAUUACAGCGAAUUGGUAGGUACAUAGCCAUAUGUACAUGAAAAACUACUUUUUUUCUUUUGAUUAUUUUGCAAGGUUCCAAUAGGUAUAUUCACCUAUUGAUGACAAUACUCGCGUCAUAUGUCCCAAUUGAAACAUUGUUUAGUUCAAUUUAUCUCAGAUUCAUAGUUUUAAAACGAAAUGACAAAAAUCAAAAAUAGAUAAUUUCUUUCAUAUAUAUUUGAUAUAGUAAUCGCAAAAAAUUUGUUUGACAGUUGUUCAAAAACAACGCGAAUAAUAUAAAAAAAAGAAAUAAUUUUUA